ACAUGAGGGGUGCCAGGAAAUUCAAAAUACCAGCAAGACAGGCCUAAUUCAUGACGUGCGGGGAUGGAUUCAUCUUUUGGCUUGCAUCAACAUUCCCGAGUCCAAUUUAGUUAUAUAAUAAUGAUCUGUAUUUGGCACUGGGAUUCAGACACAUGUCUUUGUUCUUGCUUAAGCAACUUGGCAUCCUUUUUUCUUCAAAAUGGCUACAGUUCCAAAUACAGGCUGUCCCCAAGAAAGGUUGUGUAGGUUUGUCCUUAAGUUGAAUUUUUAAGUCCAUCCAAUAGAUAUCUCCUUGGAUAGCAUAGGGAAGGGUUAACUCUCCUGUCUUUUGCUUCCUGCGCCCUUGUUUAGGAGACCACCUCACUUUCUGUCACUGUGAGAAUUGGAAAAUUUGGCUUGUUUUGGAAGCAAGGAAUGGUGAUAAAACUUCGCUGGAGACACCUUUCCCCCACUAUAACUCUUUCAGGGGUAGGGUGGCGCAGUGGGUUAAACCCUUGUGCCGGCAGGACUGAAGACCGACAGGUCGCAGGUUCAAAUACGGGGAGAGGCGGAUGAGCUCCCUCUAUCAGCUCCAGCUCCUCAUGCGGGGACAUGAAAGAAACCUCCCACAAGGAUGAUGAAACAUCAAAUCAUCUGGGCGUCCCCUGGGCAACGUCUUUGCAGACGGCCAAUUCUCUCACACCAGAAGCGACUUGCAGUUUCUCAGGUCGCUCCUGACAUGACCAAAGGGGUGGAUUUCCUUUCCUAGGGAUAGAUUUCUCUCACUUGUUUCACCUCAAUUCUUAACCAUGAGUCAUUCGUAAGUCAGAUGUUUAUAACUCUGGGACUACCUGUACUGGAUUUUUGACAUCCGGUUGUGUCUGUAUAAAACUGUGGUUCUCACCCUUUGGCACACCCAAGCGUUUUGGACUUCAGCUCCCACAAUUUUAGCUGGGAAGAAGGCUGGGAUUUCUGUGAAUUGAAGUUCAAAACGCAAGGUGUACCAAAGGUUGGAGACCACUGGUAUACAAGUAGGAGAUGUUCCUUUUAAUAAGGCAUAGUAAAGGUUUCCCCUGACAUUAAGUCUAGUCGUGUCUGACUCUGAGGGGUGCUGCUCAUCUCUAUUUCUAAGCCGAAGAGACGUAGUCAUCCACAGAAAUCUCCAAGGUCAUUUGGUUGGCAUGACUGCAUGGACUACUUUCCCACCUGACCAGUACCUAUUGAUCUACUCACAUUUGCAUGUUUUUGAAGUACUAGGUUGGCAGAAGCUGGACCUAACAGCAGGUGCUCACCUCGCUCUCCAGAUACAAACCGCCAACCUUUCGUUGGAAGAACUUAGACUUUGAACCAUGGCUGCAUCAAGAGGAGUAACUAUGUUCCGUCUGCCACCUCUUCCAACAAUUGGAGAGGUUAUUAAAUUAUUCAAACUCAGAGCUGUAAAGCAGCUCUCUCAGAACUUUCUUCUGGAUUUGAGACUAACAGAUAAGAUCGCAAGAAGUGCUGGAAACCUGAAAGAUGCCUAUGUAUGUGAGGUGGGCCCUGGUCCAGGAGGAAUCACAAGAGCCAUUUUGAAUGCUGGAGUUACAGAACUUCUUUUAGUUGAAAAGGAUCCUCGUUUUAUUCCUGGGCUUCAGAUGCUGUCAGAUGCAGCUCCAGGGAAAGUUCGUGUUGUUCAUGGAGAUAUUUUAACAUAUAAAUUGGGACAAGCUUUUCCAAAUCACCUUAUUAAGAACUGGGAAGAUGAUCCACCAGAUUUACAUAUUAUUGGGAAUUUGCCUUUUAGUGUUUCAACUCCUCUAAUAAUAAAGUGGCUUGAGAAUGUAUCUAAAAGAGAUGGACCUUUUCGUUAUGGUAGAACACAGUUGACUCUGACAUUUCAAAAGGAAGUAGGAGAGAGACUCACAGCUAGUACAGGAACCAGGCAACGAAGCAGACUUUCCAUUAUGUCCCAGUACCUGUGCACGGUUCACAAGUGUUUCACAAUUUCAGGAAAAGCUUUUGUUCCAAAACCAGAUGUAGAUGUGACUGUUGUUCAUUUUACACCACUAGUGCAACCAAAGAUUGAACAGCCAUUUAAACUGGUGGAAAAAGUUGUUCAAAGUGUUUUUCAGUUCAGAAGAAAAUACUGUCACCAUGGUAUACGAAUUUUAUUUCCAGAAGCCACACGUUUAGAAAAAGCGGAACAAAUGCUCAUGUUGGCAGAUGUUGAUCCAACUCUACGCCCAGCUCAGCUUUCCAUGUUUCAUUUUAAAAAUCUUUGUGAUGUCUAUAGGAAAAUGUGUGAUGAAGACCCAAGUCUUUUUGCAUAUAAUUAUAGAGAGGAACUACGAGAGAAAAGAAGAAAAAAGCGGAACUUUAAAAGGACAUCAGAUGAUGACUGGAUAUAGUCAAUUCUCUAAAAAAAGUCAGCCAAGAAGUAAAAUUGAUUUUGUUGACUGAAGUGAAAUUUUCUGAAGACUUUUUGACUCUAAAGGUUAUGUGAAAUUGACAGAAGGAAGACGUAGUGUGCUCCUGCAUAAAUGAUUCCAAGUACAAUCAAGUGAUAGAAAAAGAUUAAAAUGCCCUGGAAGCCAAAAUACAGAAUUCAAAACUUCAGAAAAAUAAAUGUGAUACAGAGACUAUGUCUACAUCAUUGAACAUUUUACUGUACAAACUUGUAGAGAAAAUAAAAAUACAAGAUUACAGUACAGACUUCCAUAUUUACAUAUAUAUAAAUCAAGUAUAAACAACAUAUUACAUCAUAGUGCAACAUUAUUUUUUCUGUAAUGAAUAAAAAUAACUUAAUUCUGCUUUAAAUAAAGCAAAAUUUAACUGAAA